AUGUCCAUGUCAUCAACCAACAAGCUAUCAUACAACUACUUCAAUGGAUUGUAUCUAAGGAAGGUGCAUCCCUCGGCCCACCUUGGAUUGCAGUGUGAGGCCUUGAAGUGUUUAGAUCCCAUCCAUGCUGAGUAUAUAUGGCGCAAGCUAAACAUUGAUGAUGGUCUUGUUGUUAAAGAGGUGUCAAUAGGAUCUCAUGCUGAGAAAGUUGGAAUCCGAGUUGGUGAUAUUAUUGAAUGCAUUGAUGGAGAACGUAUUUCCACCACAAUUGAGUUGGAAAACAAGUUGUUGAGCAUAUGCAUGGGCACUUUUGAUAGAGGAAAUGACAUUAAUGCUAAAGUGGAUGUUUCUGUCUGA